UGUACAACUCAUUAUUUCUUUUAUUAAGAGAUUAAGCAUAUCUAAAAUGUAACUAAAAUGUUGUUAACCAGUCUCCCUGCGACACAUUAAAGCUCGCGUCAAUGCACACACUUCAUCAUAAUAACAUUUCCGGUGAGCAUUUUCAAAAUAAAGUCAAAUUUUUUAUAUUAGUUUUUUGGGUAUUUGUUUUUUUAUUAUCGCUCCUUGCUUGAAAAAGGUCAUAUCCAUGCAAAAUGUAGGGCACGUUUUCAACACAGCAAUUUCUCAAAAGCAGUUACUGACCGAGUUGUUACUGUUUGUAUCGAAGUAUUUCUUAUUGGAAGUACAUACUCAUACUACAUAUAUGUCGCUUGUCAUCUUGUGUUAGUUGUUGUUUUUACAAAUCCCCAGCCUGUGUAAAACACAACUAAUGACGCGGGGUGUAAAUCCGCCUCAGCGGAUGUUGCCUCUCAUCAGGAGACGAGCCAAGCUGUUCGCGUCAAACUACUUCAGUGAACGUGACGCCGCGGUCAGGAAGAAAACGACUCUCUCGAAAUCCAGCCUGAUCGUGUUGUGCUCCGAGAAUGGCGACGCUAGCUUAACGACAGCUAGCUGAACGAGAAAGAAAAAAAGCCCACAACAACAACAACAUCGUCUUCCAAGUUAUCGGCCCGUUAUCCGGCUGGAAGCGGACCGACCGUCGCUGUCGCUUCGCGUCUCGAUCCGUUUCAUCUUCCUCGCGGUAUCGGAGCCAGAAUAAAAGUCCAAAGGAGAGUUCUGCUGGUAGCCCCGUGUCCAACCCCUUUCCCUUUCCAGACAUCCGGCCAGUAUGUCCAGUGAUCCUCCUCCUCCGUACCCUGGUCCCAGUGCCCCACUUAUUGAGGAAAAGAAUGGACAACCUGUUACAGGUCCUGAAAUAAAUGUUCCUGUACAAGGACAGCCCUUGCCUCCAGACUACGGUCCUCCACCCUAUGAGGCCACACACCCAGGCUUCAUUCCCCCACAUGUCCCUGGAGAGGGGCCCAUGCCGAUGCCCAUGCCUCCACUUCAAGGUGGCCACUACCCGCAUCCGCCCGGUCACUUUCCUCACCCGAUGACGGGAGAGAUGGGUCCCGGUCCCGGUCCCGGUCCCAGUCCCAGUCCCGGUCAGUUCGUCCACAUGGGAGGUCACACGGCGACCGUCCUGGCUCCUCCUGGAGCCGCCGCCACCACUGUGACCGUACUGGAGGGGGAAAUGUUCCAGGCCUCCCCGGUGCAGACCGUUUGUCCGCACUGUCAGCAGGCGAUCGUCACGCGCAUCUCUUACGAUGUUGGCCUCAUGAACACACUCUUCUGCCUCUUCUGCUUCUUCGUAGGGUGUGAUCUUGGCUGCUGCUUGAUUCCCUGUCUGAUCGAUGACCUCAAGGAUGUGACGCACACCUGCCCUUACUGUAAGGGCUACAUCUACACAUUCAAGCGCAUAUGCUAACCACCGACGGCUGUAUGCUAGAGACAUGUACAUGCCCACAGGUAAACUCACAGCUCCCCCCGCUGGUGUUGACAAGCUUCCCCUCCCCCCACAUUUUUGCAAAGUGUUGUGAAGCCCUCUUAAAUAGUGCAGUUUUCUCAUUAGUUCAGAAUAUUUACUGUAUAUAUCUUUCAUCUUAAUUAUUUCAUGUAUUAACAUGCAUUUGAAGUGUACAAAUGCCACCGAACUACAGAUGAUGUAGGGCACUAAAGCACACACACACACACACACACACACACACACACACACGUGGACAGGCAGCAGGUGCAUUUAAACCCUUGGAAAAAAAAGGCUUGUGAAGUUGCGCAUGUUAACGGGGGUAAAAAAAAAUAAUAUCUUGAUUGACAGGCGGCCAGGUUUAGCGAAAGCUGUGAAAUCGGCCUUUAUUUAUUUGAAUCUGUGAAUCUUGCUGAAAAGCAAGCGUAUUGAGGACAAACAUGCCGGUUAGCCUGCUUGUUUUUGUAUUUAUUUCAAAUAUUUUAUCCACUAUUUUAACACGUUAAUAUUGAGAACUGAACAUAUUUUUGUCCAUGUCUGAUCGUUUGGUUCGAACAGGCAGUUUUCCUUAAUUAUUAUAAUUAUCCCUUUUUGAAUGUGAGGAAACUAACGAACCAUUUUCAGCUAGAUAGUGAUGUAUUUGCUGGUUUGGGAUUGCCCAAGAUUGAUGUUACUUGCUAUAUUUCUUAACCUUCUGGGCUUCAUUCAGUCGUCACUGUUCAGUGAUUUACUGCCCUCUGUCCAUGUACUUAAUUUUGAUAAAAAAAGCCAAGAUUUGCACUUUAAGUUGGAAUUUAAUUCCCCCCCCACUAACAACCCUCUGAGAAAUUUGGGCAUUGAGGACGUGCAUCGUCGUCUCAUGAGUAACAGCAGUGUAUAAUUUAAGUAGCUGACAGUUUUACUAAUGCUGAUAGACGCACUGACAAUUUAGAAGUCAUAUCCUCUCUAUUAAAAAAAAAAAAAGUAAGUUGGCAAACGCAUUACAGUGGUGGCCCCAUCGUCAUCACAUCACAUCGUUUAGCCUGUUAUGCCUUUUUAAUAUGGCAUAAACCCGUUAAGAUUAUCCGCAUUCCUAAGAUGCAUGUUAGAUAAUACUGAUGUCUUUUGACCAAUACAGAAUAGUGACCCCUCAGCUAGGAAUAAGCUUAAAAAAAUAAAUGAUUGUAUCACAUUGUGACGCCAUUAAGAUUACUACUAACAAUGAAACGACCAUUGUAUGCCCACCACCGCAUGCUCGACCUGCAGUUCACCGUCACCCACAGUGCAGUUUGUCUGCAUGAGCCACACUUCAAAAUAAAUAAUUCUCACGGGCUACUUUCUUGACUCUAUGCAUUUGAUUAAUUUUCUUCUUGAGGCUAGCAAAACUGUGCAAGAAAGUACAUUUUGAAGGAUUGUUGAAGGAUUGCAUUGAACUUUUAAUACGAAGUACUGUAUGCCGUUGUUGUGGAUGAUGCUGGUCUGCAUUGCUCUGUAAUUGUCUGUGAUAUGUAUAACUACGAGUCAAAAUUUGUUUGACCGUUGUAUACAGGUAUUAUUUUAUCAAUAAAAAUCAGAACAUGC